AUGUCAUUAGGAAACCGAAAAUUUAGGUCCAAAAAACAACAAAUCCUGUAUGAAACAUCAAUAGCAGGAAAAUAUCAAAAAUUGAUGAAAAAAAAUCCAUUUCUUUAUUUUGGACUACCGUUUUGUGGAAUGAUAGUGUUAGGAUCGUACUGGUUACAAGAUUUUACAGCUUUAAAAUAUCAGAAGGCAGAUCAAAAGGUACAAGAACUUAAUGAGGAAGAUGUUAUUAAAAUGAAACACGACCAACGUGAGUUCGAUAUUAAAGAAGAAUACUAUCGUUUACAAGGGCUUUCCGAAAAGGAUUGGGAACCUGUACGGGUCCCAAGGAUAGAAGGUGAAUCAGACAAUGUAUGGUAA